GUUAUAAUUUCAUUUCUAUUGAGAAAUACAAAUGAAAAUGAAGAUAGUCCCAUUUUAAAAUUUUAUCUAAAAUUCUUAAAAAUGGUUUGUAGAAUUUCUUUGUGGAUUUUUGGUAUCAAUAAAAUAGAAAGUCAUUAUUUAUGUGAUAAGGAAUGGCCAAAAAAUAUAGUAUCAAAUCAUGUAUCUGCUUUAGAUCCUUUUUAUUUUAUAAGUGAACAUGCUUGUAGUUUUGUUGCAAAAAAAUCAUUAAGAAAAGAUAGAUUUAUAGGAGCUAGUGUUCUAGCUUUAAAAUGUGUAUUUGUUUAUAGAGAAAAAUUAGAAGAUAGAAAAAAAGCAUUAGAAAGUAUCAAGGAAAGGCAAUUACUAGUAAAUGAUAAAAAAAACAAUUAUCCUUCAUUUGUUAUUUUUUCUGAAGGGACUACAUCAAAUGGAAUGCAAAUAAUUGAACAGAAAAAAGGAGCUUUUUUUUCAUUGCUUCCAAUAACACCAGUCUUAUUAGUUUAUGAUUAUGAUAUUUUUAAUCCAUCUUAUGAUAUUCUACCAUUUACUUGGUGGGUUUUUUUAUCAGCAGCAAAUUAUCAAAGUAUGGAAUUAAGGACUUAUUGGUUGCCAAAAGUUUACCCUCCAGAUGAACCAGAACAUGCUAACUUAACAGAAGAAGAAAAAAUAAAUAUAUUUCAUGAUAAAGUAUCUAAAAUAAUGUUUCAAAAUAUGAAGAAAUACAAUCCAAAAGCUCCCCAAGAUAUAGAUGAUUAUAAUGAUUGGCCAGGAUCCUUACGAUUAAAAGUAGACUAUUUUCAAACCGCUUUAGGUAAAGUAGCAACUAAACAAUUAAAUAAAGAGAAAAAUUUAAGUGAAAAGUAA